AUGGCCUCUCUUUCCCGCACUCUGCGAUCACUGUCACGAAAUGUCCCCUCGGCCCGCCUAUCAACCAAGCGUGUAGCUUCUUACCGCCCCGUUCAAAGUGCCUACGCCUUUUCAACCACACAGCGCCGAAAGGAUGCCGACAUCUCCGACCUUACCCCCACCCCGAUCAGCCAUCUAUCCGAAAUCGAAACCAUGAUGGCCGAUUCGGUCUCCAAGUUCGCCCAGGAGCAGAUCGGCCCGAAAGUGCGCGACAUGGAUGAAGCCGAGACUAUGGACCCAACCUUAGUGGAACAGCUCUUCGAGCAGGGAAUUAUGGGUAUUGAGAUUCCCGAGGAGUACGGUGGUGCUGGAAUGAACUUUACCGCUGCCAUCGUCGCGAUCGAGGAACUCGCCCGCGUGGACCCCAGUGUUAGUGUUAUGGUUGAUGUGCACAAUACCCUUGUCAACACCGCGAUCAUGCGGUAUGGUGAUGCCCGAUCUCAUCGUACUUGGCUACCCAAGCUGAGUACCGGGACUGUUGGCUCAUUCUGUCUUUCCGAGCCUGUCUCCGGCUCGGAUGCGUUUGCAUUGCAGACAAAGGCGGAGAAGACGGCGGACGGGUAUAAGAUUAAUGGGUCGAAGAUGUGGAUUACCAAUGCUAUGGAGUCUGGUAUUUUCAUUGUCUUCGCCAAUCUUAAUCCUAGCCAAGGCUAUAAGGGUAUCACCGCUUUCAUUGUUGAGAAGGGCACCCCCGGUUUCUCGAUUGCCAAGAAAGAGAAGAAGCUCGGUAUCCGCGCUAGCAGUACUUGCGUGCUGAACUUUGAUGAUGUUCUGAUUCCCAAGAGCAACCUUCUCGGUGAAGAAGGUCAAGGAUAUAAGUAUGCCAUUAACAUUUUGAAUGAGGGUCGUAUUGGUAUUGCUGCCCAGAUGACAGGUCUGGCGCUUGGUGCCUGGGAGAACGCUGCGAAGUAUGUCUGGAACGACCGCAAGCAGUUUGGUCAGUUGAUUGGUAACUUCCAGGGCAUGCAGCACCAGAUUGCGCAAGCAUACACUGAGAUCGCUGCCGCCCGCGCCCUUGUUUACAACGCAGCUCGCAAGAAGGAGGCCGGCCAGGAAUUCGUUCAAGAUGCCGCCAUGGCCAAGCUGUAUGCCUCACAGGUCGCCGGUCGCGUUGCAGGCUCUGCGGUUGAGUGGAUGGGUGGUAUGGGAUUCGUCCGUGAGGGAAUUGCGGAGAAGAUGUUCCGUGAUAGCAAGAUCGGUGCUAUCUAUGAGGGUACCAGUAACAUCCAGCUUACAACUAUCGCCAAGCUGCUGCAGAAGCAGUACACCAACUAG